CUAUUUGAAAUUCGCGAGUUCAAUUUAUAGGUUAGAGGUAUUAAAAAUAUGAUAUUUUAAACCGAUAUCCUUGCUGUUUGAUAUGUGAAUAGACAUGGAAUUACUUCAUAAGGUUGUGGUUCUAGCAUUAGUGAUAUUUGCAAAUGCUAUAAUAAGUGACUGUGCCAAAAUAAAUAGUCCGAGGGUACUGCUACCAUGGUUUGAAAAUUUGUAUGUAAAUUUCACUUUUGAAAUCAUUGAAGGGGGCUGUUACAAGUGGAGUUUAUCCCGCGAUGACAUCAUCGAUCUUGAACCCCUUUACGAUGAUACUUGGGGUCACUGUUCCCGGGCAGCUCGGGUUUCAGUUUCUAAGACGUGUGUAUCACCAGGUUCAGUUAUUAUCCUAGCUGAGGAAGUGAAUACCGGUGAGAUAUUGCGAGGUGAUGUUGACAUUGACAAAAUUAGUUCAUUGAAUAUAACAAGUACAACAUGGAAGCUGUUUUUGGAGGAGGCUCCAGAGGCUUUUGAAGUUGUUGCUUUUGAUGAUCAAGGUAAUACAUUCUCUUCGUUGGAAGGUGUAACAUUUAGUUGGACUGUAGAGAAUCUUGGAAAUAAUUAUGGUGAAGAACCUGUAGUGACAUUAGUUCGUUGGCGUGACACUGACUAUGAAGCACCUCCUGGUAUUGCGGAUCUGGAAGCAAAAGGUCUCAGGUCACAUGCGGUACUUUUGUAUGGCCAAGCUAUGGGAGAAUGUCGGGUAACAGUGUGCCUUGGAGACAUCUGUACAGGAUUUAACUUGAAAGUUGUUGCCAGUGUUGUGUUGAACCCAGUUAUAUCUGUUAUUGCACCUCAAGACACAUUACGAUACAAGGUACUUAGAAUGAGGGCAGGUCGACUUACAGUGCAAAAUAUAGGAGAUACUUUAUACAGUCUAAGUGUGCCAGAUAAUGUUGUAGCUAAACUGGAAGAUGCUAUCAGCUUAGUUAGAGGCACAAAGAUCGGUACAACAAGUGUGAUCUUAAUGUCUGGAAUGACAGAAGUUGCUAGAGCUACGUUGACAGUUUCAGAACCUCAUAGUAUACGUGUCACAUUAAGACCGGCUAAUUUGGUUGUCUAUGGUGACAUAUUUACAGUGCAUUGUGUGAUAUUUGAUAGUGAAGGUCGCCCUUUAACAGCUGGUGAUGAGAUAUUGAUACGUUUGUCUGUGGAAGGAGAGGCUAACAUUGAUUUGAUUAAGUCUACUGAUAAUGGAACAAUAACAGAUGCAAUGGCUCGGAAUGCUGGACAGUUUACAAUUACUGCAAAGCUUUAUUCUAUUGCUGGAAGGACAAUAAUGACUAAGGUUGAAGGUCAAGUUUCCGGAACAGCUAUAGAACCAUUGGAAAUUGUACCACCUGAACUGUUUGUUGCCUGGACUGAGAAUAUUCAGGAUAUACAGUUAAAUUAUCGCGGCGGAGGUGUUGAGGAAGUGGUGUGGACAGAGAGUGAGACAUCACUACAGAAUCAAAAUUCUUUAUCAGUGUCACCAACGGGAGUUGUUAGUGUACUCGGAUUUGGUUAUUUGGAUGUAAAAGUGUAUUUGAAGAAAUAUCCUCAUAUUAAAGCUAUUGGAAGAGUGUGGUCUGCAGCGCCGGAGCUGCUGCAGGUGUCGAGCUCAGGUCAGGCGCGCGUGUCUCGUCCUCAUCAUCUGCACAUCGCCCUCACAGCAACACAUCCUAAUACUGGAGAAUUGUAUAAUUUUCAUGUGUGUAAUUGUGCGACGUUUGCAACGACAUUACUGGAGGGCCCCGAGCCGCAUAAUGUGACAGCCGCUACGUGGGAACAGCCAGUCGAUGGGGCGUGCUGCGUGAUGCAGAGCGUGUGGGCGGGGCGCGGCGUGUCGCUGGUGCGUGUGUCACGCGGUCGCGUCGGGGAUAGCGCGCGUGUAGCAGUGCGCGCCGCACCGCGUCUGCGCUGGCCACAACACGCUGCUGCCUUACUCUCUGCUACUGCACCGGUAUUAGCUGAAGGUGAAUCUCUAGUUCCGUCAUCAAGUGACCCCCGUGUAGCAGAACUGGUUUACAGAGAUGGCCCCUCACCUCAUAAGUAUCCGGAAUUAGAGGUCUUUACGUUUAGAUGUCGUAGGAAAGGUGAUACUCAUCUGGAGAUAUCAUCGCACUCGGACACGGAGCGAGAGUCAGUUGAGCUGGAGGUGGCUUGUGCGCCGCACGUCUCGCGUCUGCGCCUCGAGCCCCCGCCCAGCCCCGGUAACUGUACGGGGGGACCAAAACUAUGGCUACGUCCAGGACAAGAAGUGACAGUGAAAGUGACAUUAAUGGAUGCGAUCGGAAGGGAGUUGUUAGAUGAGAGCGGUCCGAGGGUGUCAUGGGAAUUGCAACCUAAGCGUGCGGGAAUAGAGUUCACAGCAGCUGAUAGACUGUUUGUUGAAACUGAUCCUGAGUAUGCACCAGUGCCAGUGCCUUUAAAGUACUAUCAGUUGGUGGUAGCGGAAGAACAAGCUAUAGGAUGGACUGGUUCUAUCAAAGCCAGUAUUCCUGAAGCAACCGCCUCUAUACAAGCUAGGGUUGUGGCACCUUUGAAAUGUGAUCCUGUUAAGACAAAUAUCGCGUGGGAAGGUGAAUCAGUAUCAAAUAUAGGUACUGUGAGUGGAGGUAGUGGGAAAUACGCGGUGCAGGCGCCGAAGGGCGUGGUCGCCAACGUUGAGGGCGGGGCUUUAACAGCCUCCGUCCCCGCGCCCGGCACUUACGAUAUUCUGGUCACUGAUCUCUGCGUGUUGGGGGAGAAACAACUCAUUGAGGUGAACAUCGAGGAGGUGAUAAGCGUGGAGGUGGUGACAGCGCGCGCGGUGUGUGUGGGCGGGUGCGUGCCGGUGAACGCAAUGGCGAGGGGCGUGUCGCAGCGAUAUGUGGGCAGUUCCCGGCCCGCCGAGUGGCGUGUCGCCGGCGCUGUGAGGGUUAAAGAUGGCAAGCUGUGCGGCCUGCAGGAAGGCACAGGACGAGUGCGCGCCUCAAUCGCUGGUGUAUGGAGCCCUGAAUUGGAGGUGGUGGUGUUCCCUGCGCUGCGCGUGGUGCCGGGCGCGGCGCGGGUGCCGCCGGGCGCGCGGCUGCAGCUGCGCCAUGCGGGCGGCCCGCCCCCGCACCUCGCCGACCUGCAUUACCGCCUCGCCGCACACACUGACAGGCUUGAUGUUUCUCCAAGUGGACUAGUACACGGUCUCGCGAUGGGCACGGCACGUGUUAAGCUGGUCGCUACAGACAUAGCUAAUGUCGAAAUGGCCAGUGCAGAGGCUGAAAUUGAGGUGGUGCCGAUCUCCGGUCUGCGCGUGGUGGCGGCGACGCAGAGCCUGUUGGUGGGUGCGCCGGGGCCGGUGUGGCUGCAGGCGGCGGGCCUGGCCCCGGCCGCGCUCGCAGCCGUGCAGCCGCCGCCGCGCGUCACAUGGACACUGCGUGACCCCACCACGGCCAGAUUAUAUACUGGACAUGUUGAUGAUCUUUUAGAGAGAUCAAUAGCUGAAGGCUUGGCUGUGCGAGUCGUUCCAUUGAAACCAGGUGUUAUAACUAUAGAUGUCAGAGUACGGAACAUGGGACAGGUGGCAGAAACUCGAUCAUGGGACAGUACGAUAGAGAUACUCGGAAUAUCUGAUAUACGUAUAUCAAUGGAUAGUACAAACGCUGAUUUAUCAACGGGUAAACGUUUGGCUCUAGCUGUGGGCGCUUCUGUACGUCUGAGGUCAAUGCCUAGAUGUGUUUGGACCUCGUACGGGGAGGGUGUGUUUGAACUAGGACCUAAUGGAGAUGUCAAAGGUUUAAGGCCUGGACACGGAGUGAUCGCAGCUCAACAUAAAGAUGAUAGGAAUAAUAUUUAUAGAGAAACGAUAAUUCACGUGGAGGUGGCAAUACCACAUUACUGCACCGCAGAGCCAUCUGGUGACGUGGACGAUGAAGCUCUCCGUGUAGUACUGAGGAACUCUGUAGGACGGGAACUUAUCGCGCACGAGGCUAAUGUCUCCGUCACUGCGCCCCUGCCCGCACAUGUCAGACGAACCACCACUGGUGGUCUAGGAAGCGAGAUUGUUUUCACUGGUCUGGACACGUACGGCACAUUCGCAAGCUUCCAGGCGACUGCCGGCGGACACACUGUCACCGAUGAAGUGCUUGUCAUAGGAUCUGAGGCACACGGGAACAGAAUCAUUGUAAGUGGCAGUUGGGCGGUGUGCCUGGAGGGCGUGGGAUGGCGUGCACCGGCAGGCGUCACGCUGCACGCGGGUGCGGGUGUCACGCUCGCCGUGCUAAUGACUGACACGGCGGCUAAACACGCGCUGCGCCUAGAUCGCCCGCCCGCCGCUGUCACGCUGCACCAAGUGCCUUUAAACAAGAUGGAGUUUUUACACGGAGAGUGGCCGUAUUCAAUGGUGCCGUUGUCAUUGGAAGCUAGUGGUCUUACAUCAGGACCAUUGUUGUGCUCAGAGGAACAGAAGUAUGCAUUGCAAGGGAUUGAAGUAGAGUUACCUUAUAUUUGCCGCACUAAAGCACCGCAUACAGCACAACCUGUUCUUGAUAUAGCUAAUGGUCAAUUAGGCUGUUCUAUAAUACCAGCAUCGUCUAUAACUGAAUCAACAGAAAUCGAAUUAUGCGCCGAAUGGGACUCGCACAGAACUUGUACAAGAGUACUGCUUCUGCCUCCAAUAGAUGUUCCACAAACUAAAGUCUCGUUAGCAAAUCCACCAGCUACGUUCACCAUAACUGGGCAUCCUCGUGCCCUAAAGCUGGUCAAAAUGACCAUUUCACCUGGUCUUAAAAUAGAAAUGAGUUCCAAAGACAGUGAGAUCACGGUAACUGUGACAAGUGAGAAGGUGACGUGUGGUAUUGGACACGUGCACGUCAUUUCGAAGUUAACUGCUCAAGAUAUUACCGUAGAAGUGGAGAGGGAAUGUGAAAUCGCUUGUGGUACUCUACUUGGUGCGAUCUUCUCUCUUCUGAAGCCGUAUUUGCCGACUAUUAUGACUAUCGUUGCUAUGGCUGCUGCUUAUCUUUAUGUGCAACAACGUAUGCAGAGCAAAGGCAAGCUGCAUAUGCCAACACCGCCGAUGCAGACAGUGCUGCCACCAGAGACGCCGGCGGCGCGCGCACGCACCUGGUCGCGUAGUCCGUACGCAUCCAACGGGCACAGUGUACCCGCGCCUGUGUACGGGGACGCUAGUGUAUUACCAGACAGUAGUUUCUCACCAAAUUCAUCACGGUUACACUCUAGAUUAUUGUAGCAGGGCAUAGUAUUUGAUUUUUUAGUGUAUAUAGUGAUUAUCCUUAGACUAAGGCUCAAAAUACACAAGGCAAUGAAAAUCUUUGAAAAUCCUUGCGUCGCUAGUAUCGCGUUGCAUAGCGACCAUAUGUCAACUGAUUCGCUCUGCCAUUUUUAAAAUCGUGACGACAUUUUUGACGACGGUCUUGACAAUCGAGUUGCGAGCGACUGGCUAAGCGACGACAGAUGUGAAAGUCGUCGACGCGUGUGUGUACGAAGCGCUAUGACAGCUUUCGAAAAUUUAAAUCGCUUUGUGUAUAACGGGCUUAAUUUGUGUUGAUUACAGCCAAACGGACUAAGGUUGACGAUUCAUAGUCAAGUGGACUAACUGUUGGGUUAGUUAUACCCGAUUUGAUUAUUUCUGAGUUGGUGAUUAUGAUCUAUUGGACGUAAAGUAUUAGGGUUGGCGAUUUUUGACAGCUGGACAUAGUUUAUUAGGGUUGACGAUUAUGGCCAAGUGAAGUAAUGUACUUAUAUCUUAUAUAUUUGAAGAAAAUAUAAGUAAAUACGUAUGUAUAGAGUCAUGUUUCUAAUUAAAAAAAAAUCCACUAUGGAAAUCGACUAAAUUGUGAAUUACAAUUAUUAAGAAAAAUCUAAGAUAGGUAACUAAAAUGUUAAUUAUAAUGUUAGAGAAAUAUUAGCAAUGUACUAUUUUUGUAUGUAGUUAAUAAAUAAAUGUAAACGAAAUCACCUACAAUUAAGUUUAGUAAAAAUGUCAAGCUACGAAAAUAUAAAAAAAAAUCUAGAUUUGAAGUUUUACGAUUAACCCUGGGUUUCUGAGACCAAAAUCCCCGUUUAAAACAUAUUGUUAUAUCUGUUUUGUCAAAGACAAUGACGGGGAUGACAAUAUGUUUUACACAGAGUUUUUGGUUUCGGAAACCAACAAGUAAUUUGAUAAGAUUUUGUUGUAAAAAUGUUGAACAUAAUUUAAACCUAUGAAGUGAUUUGACAUUCUCUAGUCUUAUACACUGACGAGCAUAUCUGACCCAAGGCAUAAGUCAAACUAGAUAAUAAAAGGUCACUAGUGCCCUACUGCCAAAAAAGUGGCACAAGGUUGUUCUUUAACUGUCACGUCAUAUUUUUUCUUUUAUAUUAUUUUCUAUGCCUACAUAACCUACAUACUUUCUGACAAAAAUAAUCGUGGCAGCAGCACCUCUGAUCAAGGCAGAUAUCUUUGUUUUAUACAAAAUGAUAAAAAAUUAAAAAAAAAUCCGCUAUUUCUAUUUUCACAUUGAAGUACUGUAAUUUGUAAUACUUAAAUAAUAGGACAUUAAAAUAGUAUAUGCGGGAUCAAACUUCUUGUGUUAUAAAAACUUUUGUAUAUUGUUUUGAUCCAAGUAACUCCAUAUGCUAACGACUAUAUCAGCUGGAAAUUACUGCUUGGAAAUUACAUCUUUUUUGUUCCAAAUUAAAACUGCCGGUUGAAGUUACCGUCGACGAACUCUUUUUCUCUACUUAGUUCCAGUUUCCGAUCCCUCCUAUUAGCGCCGCAAUGGCGAAAAUCAAAUAGGCACAAUAUACCACAGUUUAUAGCCUCGCCAGUGGCGUUAGAGAUAAUGAUUUUGUAAAUAGAAAUGCAAAACUUGAUUAAUGCAAAUGACGAAAUAGAUGUAAAAUAAAUAAAUAAGCCAUCACAUAUAACUAUUAAGGCUUUAUUAGGAUAGCUUCAAUAUAAAAAAUACGACAAAUUUUAGACCUAAAAAGGCUUUGUAAAAGGCCAAUAUCUCUGUCUACCCCAAUAGAGUCAAUGUGAGAGCUUAUUUAUUUUGUAUAUAAUAUAGAAAAUAAGUUUCUUUGGUUAAUCUGAGUUGUAAUUUUAUUCUUUAAUGCUUAAUUACUUUUUAUGUGUGGUUGUUGUUUUUUUACAUUAAGUUAGAUUAAGUAGAAAACAUCUCAUUUAAACCAGGAUUUUUUUUUAUGUAUCGGAAUAAUAAUAAUUUAAAACUUAAAUAUUAUUUUGCUACUGUACAAACUCUGUUGUUUCAUUCGACGCAUUUUUCUUAUUUAUUAUGCUUUGUAGUAAGGUAAUAUUACAUACUUUUCGUAGGUUUGUUUUCAUCAUUUAAUUAAUUAUAGAAUGAGGUACGAGUAAGUGCUUCGACAGUGGAAACUCAAUAAUUAACAGUAUAAAAUUUAUAUGAAAAUAGCUGAACAUGGUUGUG